UUGUUAUUUUUGAGGACAAAAACAAAACCCCUCUAAAACCCUCCAUUUUCGUUAUCCUCUAAAACCAUUCUUCUGAAUGUUCUUCUUAAAUGGCAAUGGCUUCCCUCCUCCUCCCAAUAACAGCUGACAUUUUCAAACCUCCUCCUCCUACACCUCCUCAUGUGUUCUCCACAUUAUUCACCACCUCUCGUCCCACUCCCACUCCCACUCCCACCCUCUGGAGCCUCUUCUCCCUCGGCCGUUGUCGCCGGCGCUGUAAAUUCAGAAGCUUUGCCUCUCUCAGCAAUGCCGUCCACACUCAAAAGCUCCCCUUCUCCAGACCCACCAAAUUGUCCCCCGGAAGGCCCGCCUUGGAUCCGGACCCGGAUCCAAUUUCAGCUCUGAACGAGAGAAUUCGGCGCGACCACGGCAAGCGGGAUGCUUCAAGAAGCGUGAUGGACUCGGAAGAGGCGGACAAGUAUAUUCAGCUGGUGAAGGAGCAGCAGCAGAGGGGCCUCCAGAAGCUCAAAGGCGGAAAAGAAAAGGCUAGCGGUGAGAGAUUCAGUUACAAGGUGGAUCCCUACAGUCUUCGUUCCGGGGAUUAUGUGGUGCAUAAGAAGGUUGGGAUUGGCCGAUUUGUGGGCAUUAAAUUCGAUGUUCCUAAGGGUUCUUCCCUGCCUACAGAGUACGUCUUCAUUGAGUAUGCGGAUGGGAUGGCAAAGCUUCCUCUCAAACAGGCCUCUCGUUUGCUCUAUCGUUAUAAUCUCCCAAAUGAAACAAAAAGGCCUCGGACGUUGAGCAAAUUGAAUGACACUACUGUGUGGGAGAGAAGGAAGACAAAAGGAAAGCUUGCAAUUCAGAAAAUGGUUGUUGAUUUGAUGGAGCUUUACUUGCAUAGGCUAAAACAAAGACGCCUUCCUUACCCAAAAACUCCCUCCAUGGCUGAGUUUGCUGCUCAGUUUCCUUAUGAGCCCACACCAGAUCAGAAACAGGCUUUCCUUGAUGUUGAAAAGGAUUUGACGGAGAGAGAAACCCCAAUGGACCGUUUAAUUUGUGGAGAUGUGGGUUUUGGAAAAACUGAAGUUGCUCUCCGUGCCAUCUUUUGUGUAGUCUCAGCGGGGAAGCAAGCUAUGGUUUUAGCACCAACAAUUGUUUUGGCAAAGCAACAUUUUGAUGUUAUUUCAGAGAGAUUUUCUAUGUAUGCAAAUAUCAGAGUUGGACUUCUCAGCCGGUUUCAGACCAAAAGUGAGAAAGAGGAGCAUCUGGAGAUGAUUAAAAAGGGUCAUCUGGACAUUAUUGUUGGGACUCACUCGCUUCUUGGAAAUCGAGUUGUAUAUAAUAACUUAGGCCUUCUUGUGGUUGAUGAAGAACAGAGAUUUGGUGUCAAACAGAAGGAGAAAAUUGCUUCGUUCAAAACUUCAGUUGAUGUUCUUACUCUCUCUGCAACUCCUAUACCAAGGACCCUUUAUUUAGCUUUGACUGGAUUUCGUGAUGCUAGUUUGAUUUCAACUCCACCUCCAGAAAGAGUCCCCAUAAAGACCCAUCUUGCAGCUUACAGUAAAGAAAAGGUAAUAUCGGCAAUUAAAAAUGAGCUGGACCGGGGUGGCCAAGUGUUUUACGUUUUGCCCCGUAUUAAAGGACUUGAAGAAGUGAUGGAAUUUCUUGAACAGGCAUUUCCUAAUGUUGAAAUAGCUAUUGCACAUGGAAAGCAAUAUUCAAAGCAGCUUGAAGAAACCAUGGAGCAAUUUGCACAAGGAGAAAUCAAAAUCCUUAUUUGCACUAAUAUAGUAGAAAGUGGGCUUGACAUUCAAAAUGCAAACACCAUAAUAAUUCAGGAUGUCCAACAGUUUGGCCUAGCACAAUUGUAUCAGUUGCGUGGACGAGUGGGACGGGCAGAUAAGGAAGCUCAUGCAUACUUAUUUUAUCCGGAUAAGACACUGCUAUCUGAUCAAGCGCUGGAGAGACUAGCGGCUCUUGAGGAAUGCCGUGAACUUGGACAAGGCUUUCAACUUGCAGAGAGAGAUAUGGGCAUAAGAGGCUUUGGUACCAUUUUUGGUGAGCAACAGACGGGGGAUGUUGGAAAUAUUGGAAUUGAUCUGUUUUUCGAAAUGCUUUUUGAAAGCCUGUCCAAGGUUGAUGAACACCGUGUAGUUUCUGUUCCUUAUUUUUCAGUACAGGUUGAGACAAAUAUAAAUCCUCAUCUGCCUUCUGAGUACAUAAAUUACCUGGACAACCCCAUGGAAUUAAUUAAUGAAGCAGAGAAAGCUGCAGAGAAAGACAUCUGGAGUUUGAUGCAAUUUACUGAAAGUCUGCGUUGUCAAUAUGGAAAAGAACCAUACUCCAUGGAGAUUUUGUUGAAGAAGCUUUAUGUGAGGAGAAUGGCAGCAGACCUAGGAAUAACCCGAAUAUAUGCUUCAGGAAAGGUGGUUGUCAUGGAAACAAAUAUGAGCACAAAGGUUUUCAAGCUAAUUACUGAUUCAAUGGCUUCUGAUGUUCACAGAAAUUCUUUGGUCUUUGAUGGAAAUCAAAUUAAGGCAAAGCUUCUUUUAGAGCUUCCUAGAGAACAACUCCUAAAUUGGAUCUUCCAAUGCUUGGCUGAGCUUUAUGCAUCUCUACCAGCCCUUAUAAAAUACUAGUUCCUGCAAGAGACAAAAUGAAAGUCCAUUUUUCCACAUACUACAUACAUGAGCCUUUUUUUUUUUUUUUUUUUGUCUCUCCCAAUAUACCUACCUAUAUAGAUGAAGAUUGCAUGCAUGGUCUGGGCAGUAAAAUGAAUGUGGAGAAUCUCUCUACCGGGUUUUAUUAUGGUUCGAGGCUUUGAUUGGCGAUACCAAGAAACAAACGAUUUCUUUACAUGAAUGACAUGUAAAUGAUUGGAGACAAUAACAAAAUGGGGUUAGAAAUCGAUUACCUUUUGGUAUGGCGGAUCUGAGAAAGAAAAACAUGAGAGCAAAUAUCUUGGAGGAGGUGAGCGACUCUGUUGCAGUUCAAACUGUGACAUAGAAUGAUAGUAGUGAACUGUAACAAGGUUGCUUUCCUUGUUUGCCGGGGGGAAAUGGGAGAAUCAAAGACAGAGACAUUUGAACAAGUAGUCUUUUGAGAGUGGAAAGACAAGAGGAACUAGCAAGGAAGGAAGGAGCGUCCUGUCUCAAAGAGGGUCCCCAAAUUGUGACAUGUGGUGGUGCUUAAAGAAAUGAACGUGUAUGUGUUUUUUGGGAAAUGUUGGCAAAUUGUAUUGUUUGAUAAUUGUUAUCCCAAUUUAUGUACAGACAAUUGAAGCUGAAGGAAGCAUCCAUUGAGAGAUUGAUUAUAAA